AUGUCAACGGACUCACAGGAAACUUCAGUACCCAGUCAUGGGCCAAAGACACCAACAGGCAAAAAAGUGAAGACUCCACAACUGCUGCUGUCCCGGACGUGGAAGUGGGACCGAGGACAGUCUCUGGCAGAGGCCUACGUGCCGGUGGUGGUGGACCCCAGGGGCCAGAACCUGGACAAGCUCAGAUUGAAUUUCUACAACUCCCAGUACUCCAAUUCCCUGAACCCCUUCUACACUGUACAGAAGCCUACCUGUGGUUACCUGUACCGCCGGGACACUGACCACACCCGCAAGCGCUUUGACGUGCCUUCUGCCAACCUGGUCUUAUGGCGCAACUGA